CCACCAUUUCUCUCAAGCUCGACAGUCUAUCAGAUGGCGUUGCGACAUCUGAGUCGACCGAGAGACAUCGUAAAGAGAUCGACGAAGAAGUACCUCGACGAACCUCUAUACCACCGUCUCUUCAAAGACGGCGGAUCAGAGGUAAGCGUUCGCCAGCAGCUGAAUCAGUUCCUAAAGGGCACUAAGCACGUCUUCAAAUGGGAAGUCGGAGAUACCAUCAAGAAGCUCCGAAGCCGCGGCCUCUAUUACCCAGCUCUCAAGCUAUCUCAAGUUAUGGAACAUAGAGGUAUGAACAAGACGGUGAGUGAUCAAGCAAUCCAUCUCGAUCUCGUCGCCAAAGCUCGUGGAAUCGCUGCUGGGGAGACUUACUUCGUCAAUCUUCCGGAAACGUCUAAAACCGAGCUCACCUACGCGUCUCUUUUGAACUGCUACUGCAAGGAGUUGAUGACUGAGAAAGCAGAGGGUCUUCUCAACAAGAUGAAAGAGCAAAUGAAUAGAGAUGGUAGAGUUGCUCCAGAUUGGACUACAUACAGCAAUAUGGCGUCUAUAUACGUUGAUGCGAGACUGUCUGAGAAGGCUGAGAAGGCUCUUCAAGAACUUGAGAUGAAAAACACGGACAGGGAUUUUAAGGCGUAUCAGUUUCUUGUUACAUUGUAUGGACGGCUUGGGAAACUGUCUGAAGUUUAUAGGAUUUGGCGUUCGUUGAGGCUGGCUAUACCGAAAACCUCCAAUGUAGCUUAUUUGAACAUGAUACAAGUGCUGGUGAACUUGAAAGAUGUAACUGGUGCGGAGACACUGUUCAAGGAAUGGCAAGCUAACUGUACUACUUAUGACAUAAGGGUUGUGAAUGUGAUGAUUGGAGCUUAUGCAAAAGAAGGUCUCAUCGAAAAAGCAAAAGAGCUCAAGGAGAAAGCUCCGAGAAGAGGAGGAAAGCCCAAUGCUAAAACGUGGGAGAUCUUCAUGGAUUACUAUGUCAAGAGCGGUGAUACGGCUCAAGCACUUGAGUGUAUAUCUAAGGCAGUUUCUAUCGGCAAAGGAGAUGGUGGUAAGUGGUUACCGUCACAGGAAGCAAUCAGUACUUUAAUGAGCCAGUUCGAGGUAAAGAAAGAUGUUAAUGGAGCUGAGAAUUUGUUGGAGAUUUUUAAGAAGGGAACUGAUGAUAGUAUAGGCGCAGAGAUCUUUGAAUCGUUGGUAAGAACAUAUGCAGCAGCAGGGAAGAGUCAUCCUGCUAUGCGCCAGCGUCUGAAGAUGGAAAAGGUUGAGGUUAAUGAAGCGACGCAGAAGCUUCUUGAUGCAUUAUGUCGCCAAGAGUGAGUAAGGUCUCUGUUCAUCUCUCUUCUCCUUCAUAUUUUUUCCUUUAGGGAGGGUACUUGCAUUCUUACAGCUCUGUUUCUUAUUUGUAAUAAGAAUAGGUGAUAGCGAAUACGCAAAUCAAUCUUAUGGGUCUGUUUUACAUUCACAUGCGACCGUUUGUUUCAUGUGUUUUCUGUGAAUUGUUUCGAGCCUAGCUUCCAUUUACAGUUAGAGACAACAAAACUCGCUCUGUGUAAUCUCCUUUUUGGGAAUCUUGAAACAUCCAAUGCCCUCAUCCAGAUAAUUAGAAAUUAUCUAAUUUUUCUC